AUAGACGUACAAUUAAUAUAAAUGUUUACAAAUACAAAUUAUUAUUUACGGGAAACGACCGAUCGUUUUUCUUAGCCCUCUGGUGGUAUUUCUAGCCUGUUAAAGAGGUCUCUAUUUACAACAGUUUCUUUUAUAAUAUCAAACAUUUAUUUAUGUACACGUAUAAUAUUAGGUAAACUUCAAAUGUAAAAUCAAUACAGAGAAGGCUUAUGUUUUACAAUACAUAAAGAAUAUUUAGGAAAUUAGACAUUUACUUUGCACCGAAAUGGAUAAUUCUCGAUAUUAUGACAAUCCAUUUAACGAUUGUCUUGACAAUUCAACAUUGUGUCGUCCUCUUGUAAAUGAAGAUACGAAGCAGGUUAAUGACGAUUUUAAAGAAACAUUACGUACACAUACAAAAAAUUUGGUGGACCAGUUGAUGGUGGAACAGAAAAAUGUUUGGACAAGGAAAGAUGACUAUUCUAUGUACACAGGAUCAGCUGGGAUUGCAUACAUGCUUUAUCAUUAUGGAAAGUGUGUUAAUGAACCUUCUUACAUUGAUAAAGCUGCAGAAUUAUUAAAAGUGUGCAUAAGUAAGUUUAGAGGUAGAAGGGAGAUUACAUUCCUAACUGGCAUUGCGGGUCCAUUAGCCUUAAACGCUGUUAUUCUCCAUACUCAAGGCAAUGUAGAGGAAUCACGGAAUAUGAUAUCUAAACUAAAGUCAUUUUCACCGUACAUGCUGGAGGAUGUCACCUUGCCUGAUGAAUUGCUUUAUGGAAGGGCUGGCUAUCUAUUUUCUCUUCUAUUUUUAAAUUCAAAUAUAUCUCCACCACCUGUAGAGGGUGAGCUUAUUAAGCAGGUCAUUGCGGUUAUUAUUCACUCUGGACAUACAUAUUCCACAUCAACAACAUACAAAACACCUAUAAUGUAUGCCUGGCAUGAUUCAGAAUACCUUGGCGCUGCACACGGAUUGGCUGGAAUCCUAUAUCUAUUAUUGCAAGCACGACAGUACUUAACAUCGAGCCAAUUGGAACUGGAGAUAAAACCGGCAUUACAAUUUCUCCAGAGCUUACAGUACCCGUCUUGGAACUUUCCAUCUUCCAUUGGAAGUCGUACAGACAAAUUAGUACACUGGUGCCACGGAGCACCCGGAAUGUCUAUGUUGUUUUGUUUAGCUUACGAGAUAUAUCAGGAUGAUCAGUAUCUGAAUACUGCUCUACAAUGCGGAGAAGUGGUUUAUUCCCGAGGAUUGCUUAAAAAGGGAUGCGGAAUAUGUCACGGAGUAGCUGGGAAUGCUUAUACAUUCUUAUCUCUCUUUCAGCAGACAAAAGAUGUCAAACACUUGGAUAGGGCUUGUAAGUUUGCUUUCUGGUGCAUGGAUCAUGGAAAACAUCAAAUGAAACUUGCCGAUCGACCAUUUUCAUUAUUCGAAGGUAUAGCUGGGACCAUUUACUUUUUAAUCGAUAUGCAAAAUCCGCUUUCAGCUAAAUUCCCAGGAUACACGGUGUAGAAUAUAGAUAUUCUAGCGAUUAAUACCUAUUUUCCAUAAUUUUUCAGCCAACAAAAUAUUUCAUGUAAUUCAAUGUAUACUUCCCUGAUAAACAAUAAAUGACAAAAUUGACAAGUUGCA